GCGAGAGAGUAUUAUGGGCUGUCGAGGGCUGGCUGCUGCUUUUCUGCUCCUGGAAGCGGCUGAGGGGGGAAGCGGCUAGUCAACAUGGAGCUCUCGGCGGUGGGGGAGCGGGUGUUCGCGGCCGAAGCCCUCCUGAAGCGGCGCAUACGCAAAGGACGCAUGGAAUAUCUCGUGAAAUGGAAGGGCUGGUCGCAGAAGUACAGCACGUGGGAGCCCGAAGAAAAUAUUCUGGAUGCUCGCCUCCUUGCAGCCUUUGAGGAAAGGGAACGGGAGAUGGAGCUCUAUGGCCCCAAAAAACGAGGACCCAAACCUAAAACCUUCCUUCUCAAGGCCCAGGCCAAGGCAAAGGCCAAAACCUAUGAAUUCAGAAGUGACUCUACCAGAGGCAUCCGGAUUCCCUACCCAGGCCGCUCACCCCAGGAUUUGGCAUCUACUUCCAGGGCCCGAGAGGGCCUUCGGAACACGGGGCUACCCCCACCAGGGAGCAGCAGCAGUACCUGCAGGGCAGACCCACCUCGGGACCGGGACCGAGACCGGGAUCGAGAAAGGGACAGGGGUACCAGCCGUGUAGACGACAAGCCCAGGUCACCCGGGGACAGCUCCAAGAAACGAGGACCCAAGCCCAGGAAAGAGCAACUAGACCCUUCACAGAGACCUUUGGGAGAGCCCAGUGAUGGCCUUGGAGAAUACCUCAAAGGCAGGAAGCUGGAUGAGACCCCUUCUGGGACAGGAAAGUUCCCAGCUGGCCACAGUGUGAUCCAGCUCGCUCGAAGGCAGGACUCAGACCUGGUCCAGUAUGGUGUGACCAGUCCCAGCUCAGCAGAGGCCUCGGGAAAGUUGGCAGUGGACACCUUUCCAGCCAGGGUAAUAAAGCACAGGGCUGCUGCUUUCCUGGAGGCCAAAGGCCAAGGUGCCCUGGACCCUGGUGGUACCAGAGUCCGACAUAGUUCAGGCACCCCAGGCUCAGUGGGAAGCCUGUAUCGGGACAUGGGGGCACAAGGGGGACGGCCCUCCCUCAUCGCCAGGAUCCCAGUGGCCAGAAUCCUGGGGGACCCAGAGGAAGAGUCCUGGAGCCCCUCUCUGACUAACCUGGAGAAGGUGGUUGUCACAGAUGUGACCUCAAACUUUUUGACCGUCACCAUUAAAGAGAGCAACACGGACCAAGGAUUCUUUAAGGAAAAAAGAUGAAUUGCUUGGGGUGGGGAGCCCAGGACCAGAGCAGGGGAGAGUAAGCGCAAAUGGCUUAGUGCUUCUGAUUUCUGGGUGACUGUGGCCUCUGGCUGGUUCUGUCCUUCUUCACACCCCUCUCCCUUUCAUUCCUCCUUCCUCAGUUCUGGUUGGAAAAUUAUCUCUAGAGUUCUAUUUUCUAUUAGAUGUAAAUAUGUUAUUUAAGAAAAAAUAUCUAAAUAUAUAUAUUUCAACUCUUGAAGUUUUUUUAUUUAAACAAGGAGAGAGAGAUUGUGGUUUGGUAGGGCAGACAGACUGAGCUGGAACAGGAGGGGCCCCUGUCCCCUCAGGGCACCAGGAGAGUUGGGGGCCUGGGCCCUGGGAUUCUGGAGCUUGUGUGGAGGGACUCAGCUGGCCCACCUCCUCCCUCCACCACUGGAUUCCCAAUCCUCCUGGCACCAAAGCAAGAUUUUUGCUCUCCUCCCUAUUGGCCAGCUAGACCAACAAAAGGUUGGCUUCCCAAUCAGAAAAAGGGGGGUGGGGUCAGACCCGGUUUCUUUUUUCUAUUUUCUUUCUCUGUAAUUUUUUUUUUUUUAAGAUGAAGAGGCCUACUAGGGGAAAAAAAAAACGUAACAACUCCGAUAACUUUCUCACAUGUGUUGUUAAAGGUAUAAAAAUAGUCGCGAAUGAGUGGGACUCAGUUCUCCCCGAACCACAGCAGGAGAGUGCACUUUAUGGAGAUGUGAGUGCCGUACACGCAGACUGUGUGUAUGUGUCAUGUGGACAAAAAUCUCCCCGUUACCUCGAUUCCUUCCCUUACUUUUUGCAAAGAGAAAAGAAAUCCAGCGAAUUUGUUUACAUUCCCGAAAUGCCAGGAUAAAUUGGGAGGAUUGCGUGUCAGUGCCCAGAGCGCCAGACAGUUGUUUUACAAGAAAAAUAUUCGGGUGGACUUUUUCUUUUUGCGUCCUCUAGAUUCGCCAGAAGACAGGGCAGCCCCACCUCCCAAGAAGACUUGGAUAAGCCUGGCUCGCCGGGGAGGGUGGGUCUUGCUUUUAGAGGAGCGAGCGGCCGCCAGGCCACCCCGCCAGGCCGGCAGCGGGUUGUGUACCAGGCCUGUUGGGCUGGGCACGGGGGUCGCAGCCGGAGUGGAACUUGGUCAGGUGGGGCUCGUGGCCGAAGGGGAAGCUUGGCGGGGUUCCCAUCCAAGGAUGUGCAGUAGAACUCUAGCGGUUUCCCUCUUCCCCCCUUUCUUAAAAGCAAAAGCUGUAAUUUAUAGUCCUUUUCGAUUCUGGGAGUGCUCGCUACGUGAACUCGACGUUCAGACUCCACCGCAGGGGGCGGGGGAGCUCGCGGUGGAGCGCCAGUGGCCGGUGACCAGCGGUGCCCCGAGACCACCUGCGCCCCUGGUCCUGGCCCACUCCGGACCAUGCCGCGCGCAGCUCUGACUCAAAAGCACAAAUCUGUCCCCGAGCCUACCUCGCUGCUUCCAGCAGGGAUCCUGCGGCCUCUCCACCCUCCCCGCCCUUAAAGGGCCAGCAGACGCUCUAACUUCCAGGGAUUUUGGAGGGAGGGGCUCCAAGCUCUGCUGUGGGGGACAAAGCACAGACUUCAGGGGCUCUGGGCUGGGCUGGAGGAGCUUGGUAAUGGGAGGAACUGAGAGGGACGUCAGCCUCGUCCUUGCACUCCUGCCUCUCCAUCUCCAGCCUCAGUCUCUCUUUCCUCCAGACUUUUUUUUUCCUUUAAAGAGAGGGAGAAAAAGAGGAAAGCGAUGUAUUCUCCGUGUUUUUAUUAUUAUUUUUUAUUUUUUUGAAAAUCAAACUGCGCCUAAAGAGAAGCCCCUAGAAUGGGGAUUUUUAUCUGCUCAUAUUUGUAAAAGUAGUAUUUUCGACUUUGUAUAAAGAAGCGCUGUUGCCUGUGUCUGUCUAGAUGUCGGCUCUACUUUCAGAGAAACCUGUUUUGAAGGGCGCAUCUGUGACCAAGUGGAUGUAACUCCGGGGCAGGAGGCCCCUACCUGGCUGCCGACCCCCUCUCUUCUCUCCUUCCUCGCUUGCAUCUUUCUUCCCUUCAACCUUCCUGAUUCUGCCCUCGCUGCCCCUCUGUCCUGCCGUCUGUCCUUGGCCGUCAUGUGUGUCUCCUUAGCUCGCUCUUGAGAGACUGACUUGGGGGGUGGGGGGGCAGGGGUCUGGGGCCACGUGGCUCAGAGUCGGCAACUUCAGACUGGCCGAGCGUGGGUGUGGGGUUUAUGAGUUCUCAGCUGUGUAUAAAUCUCCAGUUGGUCUCCGCCUCAGCUCAAGAGUGAAACCUCGUACCUAUCUUGGGUUGUGAAUGUGUCUGUAUCCAGUAUCACUUUUUACGUGUUUAAAUAUAUACUUUGUAAAUAGA